AGUGCUGUAAAAGUGAAGUGCGCGUUUGUUAAAAAAAAAUAAAUUCAAAAAUAAUUUUUUUAGUUAUUAUUCCGAAACACUUAUAUUUAACGCGCUACAAAAUGAGCGGUGUCCUACGUCGUGGCUCACUGAACUUCGACUGUAAUUUGAAGGGCAGCAAUUCGCGCGGUAGCAUCGAAGCAAAUUUAUAUGGCGGUUAUCGUGAUCCAAAGCCGGGUACGCCGGAAAUCAGCGUGAUCGCUUUAGACUGUCGUCGCUACUCGGAAGAUUUAAAAAAGGAUGCAAUGUUGAAUGAAGGUCUGCCACCACCCGUCGUCGGUGAUUUGAGUCAAGACGAGGAUGCGGAUGUGAUCUCGAAUUUUAUUGGACAUCGUGGCCGGUGGCAAUAUAUUUGGACUAUUCUGCUUACGCUCUUUCAGAUACCACCGACAUUACAUUUGUUCAUCUACACAUUUCAGACCAUCGCCAAGGACUACUGGUGCGCACGCCCUGACACCGCACCCGAUAUGGAUGUAACGCUGUGGCGCAAUCUAAGCCAACCUGCUGGCGCCUGUUCUAUACUAAAUUUAAAUUACUCGCUGCUACCUGAAACCGCUGGCGCCGCUGAGACCGCGAAACUAAUAAAAUGCAACAAUUUUGAAUUCUCCCGUGAAGAUGGUAGCGCGCGCUCGGUAAUUGAAGAGUUCGGCUUGGUUUGCAGUCGUCAGCACAUGGUGAGUGUGGUGGAAAUGUGCUUCUUGGCCGGCGCAGCGGUGGGCAGUGUGUCGAGCGGGUGGAUCUCCGAUCGUUUUGGUCGCAAGCAUACACUGAUGGGUUUCGUUUUGGUACAAAUUAUUUCCGGCACUUUAAUUGCUUACUCCGUCAAUUUGGCUAUGUUCAUGUCGAUGCGUGUGUUUGCUGGGUUUGCCUCCAUGACCGUGACUGUGGUUAGCUUCGUUCUCGUCGUUGAGUUGGUUUCUGGCGAAUGGCGUACCAUAACGGGCAUUUUAAAUAUUUUGCCCGUUCCGAUUUCGUAUAUUCUCAUGGCUGUCAUAGCAUAUUUUGUUCGGGACUGGCGGACACUACAAUUGGCGAUUUCCCUACCUUGGUUAUGCAUGCUACCGAUUUGGUACUGCAUGCCGGAGUCGCCACGUUGGCUACUCGCACAAGGGCGUCUCAAUGAUUUAUAUGCACUAGUAGAACGUGCUGCCGAGCUCAAUCAGCGCACACUGCCGCCAAACUAUAAGAAGACACUUGAAGCUGCAGCACCGACACCAAUACCCAAGCCCAGCAAUGCAUCAACUAUGAUCAAAACACAACAACAACACACACUGCCAGCAUUUAUGACAGCAUCUGAAGGAGGCGGUCACACCAUUGAAACGGCAAUGGCCGGGACUACCGAAGCUAUACCCAAUAUUCAUGAGAAUCCAUUAAAGGUGGUCUUCAAUCGUUUUUAUUGGCGCACAACUUGUCUGAAUUUGAUUGUCUGGUUGACUUUGAUUAUCGUCUACUAUGGUUUGACCUUGCAUUUGAGCAAUUUGGGUGGUGAUAUCUAUUUGAAUACGAUCGUAGCCGGCGCAAUUGAAGCGGUUUGUGUUUGUGUCAGCAUUUUUGUAGUCUUGAAAGUGGGUUUGCGACGUAGCCUGAUCGCAUAUAUGCUAGUACCCGGAAUUUGUUGCUUAGCUACAAAUCUUGUGCCAACCCGAGAUUUAAACCAAACUGCCGUGAUCGCGAUGGCAAUAAUUGCAAAAUGUGUUAUUGGCGCCAACAAUGCCAUUAUUCCGUCGUACACCGCCAUGCAGUAUCCAACGGUUGUGCGUAAUUUUGGUGUGGGCAUGGGUAAUCUAGCAGCGGGAACAGCCUUAAUGUUAACACCAUAUAUGUGGCUUUUGGAACACGUGGACCCACUGCUGCCAAUGAGCAUAAUGGGUGUGUGCGGAAUUAUUGGCGCUAUUGCGUUAUUCCUUAUGAAGGACAUUAAACACUAAGGAUAUGUUAAAGUAUGCAUAAAUAAGAGACAAUAUUGAGAAAACUGGGCGCUUGGUCAACUGCAAAGAGGAGUCACGAACAACAUAAAAUAUACGUAAUAUUAAAACAUUAAACCCCAUUGGCCAACAUUCCGAAGCUGUCUGAACUGUGAUAAACAUAACUAUUUGGCAGUUUGAAGUUUUAAAACAGUUAAGAAAGCUUUCCAAAAUAGUUUUAGAAAAGAAGUGAAAAAUACUACUGUGAUCAAAUUGAAAGGUGAAUUUUGUCUAUUUCAUUUUCUUCAAAGUAAUCCCCUCUCGCGGCAAUA